AUGAGAUUCACUUUGAUCAGCCUUGUUGUCUCGCUCAGCGCCUCAGCCGCUUACGGGUCAACCAUUGGCCCACGAUCUCUUGUGGCACGUCACAAUUCUAGUGGAACAGAGACUAACGACACCUCAAUCCUCAACGGUACCGUCACCAACGGUACAGCCACAAACGGUACCUCUAGCAACGGUACCUCUAUCAGCGGUCCCUCCAGCAACGGCACCUCCAGCAACGGUACCUCUGUCAUUCCAAACACGAACUCAAGCAGUCCUUCGACCAAUGGUACCUCUACCGUAAAUGGUACCGGUAUUGCAUCCAAAGUCUCUAUUGAGGCUAAGAUCAUCAAAUUGGAGGCCAAGAUUGCCAAAUACAAAAUGGAAAUUGCUCAUGAAGAGGAUAAACUUGCUCAUCUUAAAGCUAAGAAACACGACGAGGAUCAUGGAAAAAAGGAUGACAAAAAAAAACCGGAUGAGAAGAAAAGCCACGAUGAGAAGAAACCCAAACACCAUGGCAAGCAUGACAAAGACGACAAAUCAGACCAAGACCAUGCAAAGAACGGCACAUCAACUGAACCGACCACCAACGGGACAUCAACUGACCCCACCACCAACGGGACAUCAACUGACCCCACCACCAAUGGUACAUCAACUGUUCCGACAACAAAUGGGACGUCCACUUUACCUUGA